AUGACGAAGUCUGCCGCUUGCGUGAGACGCGGUCUAUCCGACAACACGACUCUAUCAACAGAGUCUUCCAAUCCUACCUCUCCCGUGUCGCCGGCGCCGUCGUCUCUCUUGAGCCAUCAACCCAAGAAGGGCGAAGGAGGAAUGAUCUUCGGGUACGAGGAGGAGGAGGUCUACGGUCUCGAGGACAAGCACAUGUACAUGGUGGACGGUAGAGGGAAGCCGAGAGAGAUGGAGUGGUUGGACUGGGUGCAGGGACAGAUCGUGGCAUGGUUGAGCAAGAGGGACGCGGAGGUUGUCAGCAAGGCGCUGAGGAUCUAUGGGGGGGCGUUCCGCCCCCUUGUUCUUUCGGCGGGAGGGUUGAUGAGCGAGGAAACAGCGGUGGAAUUGAGGAGUUGGAGGAAGGGCAUGGAGAAGGAGGUGUGGCACGGAAUGCAGAGUAGGGUGGGGAUAGAGUUAGUGAAGGCGCGAGCGAGGACGAUGUGGAUGUGA